AUGGGCCUGGUAGCAGAAGCGCAAGCGCUCACGUUGAAGCUGGAGCGAGCAGCAGAUGAUCCGGCGGAGGGUUCGGAGACUGCUGACCAGGUUGCUGACAUCAUUGAUACCGCUGGCCCUGCGUCGCCUGCCGUUCCUUCCGCUCCUGUAAUAAAAGCAUGUCCUGCAGCAGCCGCCGCCGCCCCGCCCGCCACAUUUGUCGCGAUGCAGCGACGGUCCGCCACGAGCCGCGCCGUGCACAACGCCGCCCGGCGCGACGACGUAGAGGAGCUUCGAGCGCUGCUGGCGGAAAACCCGGAGCUGAUUAACGCGCGGUCGAGCCUGACGUGCCAAACCCCCCUGCACGAGGCGGCGGCGGAGGAUGCGGCGGAGGCGAUUCGUCUGCUUCUCUCGGUCGGGCGACCGCUCUCAAAAGCGGCGAUUAGCCGCGCGGACGGGGAGACGAGAGAGGACGCAUCAGGCGCGGUUCCCGCAGACGUCGAGGCGCGUAAUAUGUUCGGCGAGACUCCGCUGCACAUCGCCGCCAAGAUCGGCAGCGCGAGGAGCGUCAGGGCGUUGCUCGAGGGCGGCGCGGCCGUGAACGCCGCUGCUUCGAACCUCGCCACGCCGCUCCAUCUCGCCGUCUGGGCGGCAGUCAACACUGCUGACGUGGGUGAUGCUCCGGCUGGAUCGGGCCAGCCGAAGAUUCUGGAAGUGGUGGAGCUGCUGCUGCAGCACGGUGCUGACGUGGCAACGCAGGACAAGGACGGCAACUCCCCAUUGAGUCACAUUCAAUUAGGCACCUCUUCCGCUACAAGCACCAGCAACAACAGCAGCAUCCGCGCCUCCCUUCGGCGAAUCCUCGACCGCCACGUGGCACUCCACGCUCCCUCCCCUUCUUCGUCCCAAACCUCCCCCGCCUCCGCAUUCGCCGUCAUGCAAACGCUGGAAAACGAGUUAUCCUCGUUAAUAGGUCUCCCCCUAUUGAAGCAGCAGCUGCGCGUGUGGGCGAAGGGCUUAGUCUUGGACCAGAAGCGGCGGGAAUUGGGAAUCCGCGUGCAGCCGCGCAAACCUCCGCACAUGGCUUUCCUAGGCUCCCCGGGUACAGGGAAGACCACCGUUGCGCGCGUGCUUGCGCGGCUGUUGAAUUUAGUGGGUGUUUUACCCAUGGAUAAGGUGGUUGAGGUUCAGCGGACGGAUUUGGUGGGCGAGUUUGUCGGGCACACGGGCCCGAAAACGCGGAGGAAAAUUCUGGAGGCGGCUGGGGGGAUUCUUUUUGUCGACGAGGCGUACCGGUUGGUGCCGCAGCAACGGUCAGAUGAAAAAGACUAUGGUGCGGAGGCAUUGGAAGAGAUCAUGUCGGUGAUGGACUCGGGCAGUGUUGUUGUGAUUUUCGCUGGCUAUGCUGAGCCGAUGAAGCGGGUCUUCGCAGUGAAUGAGGGAUUUCAGCGGCGUGUGUCGCGUGUAUUCGUGUUUGACGAUCUCUCUCCACUCGACAUUGCCCAAGUCAUAUUGCUGAAAAUGAAGCAGGCGGCUGGGGAAGCUACUAGCGGAGAUGAGAGUGAUGGUGACUGUGCUAUCUGCAGUAGCAGCAGCAGUGGUAGCGGAAGUGACCAUGGAGCAGGAGCCAGUGGCAGCAGCAACAGUGACUAUAGUGAAGCCAGUCGGCAGUCGCCCCUUGCAGGAUUCAGGUUGCAUCCCAGCAUAACUCCAUCGUCCCUAGCAGCUGUUAUCACCCGAUCAACCACAGAGGAGCAGCGAAGGCAGAGGAACGGUGGGAUGGCGCUGCCUGUGCUAAUGGACGCUCGGGAUCGACUGGACGAGCGGCUAGAUCUUGACUGCUGCGACAUGGACGAGCUUGUGACUAUAACGAUGGAAGACAUUGAGGCAGCUCUGUCAAACAUUCCUCAAUAA